AUGCAUCUCACUACAGAAGAGACUAUAGAGCUUGGACUCAGUGACCAGGGGACAGACAAUCCUGCAUUUGGGGAUAAAGAUGAUGAACAGCCUCAGCUGACAGUUGACACCAGGGAGUCUCACACAGAGGACACAACAAAUAAAAGCAUGGAUUUGGUUUACUCCCUUAAUGACAGGCCACCAUGGUACCUCUGCAUUUUACUUGGCUUCCAGCAUUACAUUCUCGCUUUUGGUGGCAUCAUUGCAGUUCCACUGAUCUUGGCUGAACCGCUCUGUAUAAAGGAUAACAGCGUCGCUAAAAGCCAGCUGAUCUCCACCAUAUUCUUUGUGUCUGGAUUAUGCACCCUGCUGCAGACAACUAUUGGAAACAGAUUACCAAUUCUCCAGGGUGGGACAUUUAGUUUCAUCACUCCGACUCUGGCUAUUCUUGCUUUACCUAAGUGGCAGUGUCCUCUGCCAAACGCACCUGUGAAUCUCUUGGCGCAGCUGCAGAAUGCCACCAAUGCACCACAAAUGGAAAGUUCAGAUGAGGUCUGGAUGUCAAGAAUUCGUGAGAUCCAGGGAGCCAUUCUGGUAUCCUCACUGCUUCAGAUCAUACUAGGCUUAUCCGGGAUGGUGGGACUUGUGCUUAGAUAUAUCGGCCCUCUGGCUAUCGCUCCCACCAUCAAUCUCAUUGGCCUGUCACUGUUUACUGAAGCUGGAAAGAAGUCUGGAGGCCACUGGGGGAUAGCUGCUCUCACAGCGGGGCUGAUUCUCCUGUUCUCACAAUAUCUCAGCAAAGUCGAUGUUCCAAUGAUUGCUUACAAGAAUAAAAAAUGGAUGGUGUUCCAGUACCCACUCUUCAAGCUCUUCUCUGCUUUGUUUGGCAUGUGUGGUGGAUGGCUAAUUUGCUUCUUGAUGACCGUCUUUGACAUCCUGCCUUCAAAAUCUGAUAAGUAUGGCUUCUCAGCCAGGACCGACAUCAGCCUGGAUGCUGUUACAAACUCCCCAUGGUUCCAUGUGCCUUAUCCUGGCCAAUGGGGCAUGCCCACAGUGAGUCUGUCUUCCGUGUUGGGUAUGAUGGCGGGGGUCUUGGCAUCUACAUUGGAAUCUAUUGGUGACUACUAUGCUUGUGCUCGUUUGUCUGGUGCCCCUCCACCACCCACACACGCCAUAAAUCGAGGCAUCGCCAUAGAGGGGAUCGGCUGCAUACUGGCUGCUCUGUGGGGAACUGGAAAUGGCACCACUUCCUACAGCCAAAACAUUGCUGCACUUGGUAUUACCAAGGUUGGCAGCAGGUUGGUCCUCCAGACUACUGGAAUUCUGAUGAUCAUCCUGGGAAUCUUUGGAAAGUUUGGAGCAGUUUUUAUCACCAUCCCAGAUCCAGUCAUUGGAGGCAUGUUCCUUGUUAUGUUUGGAAUAAUUGCAGCUGUGGGGUUAUCCAACCUCCAGUAUGUGGACCUUAACUCUUCACGUAACCUCGUCAUCCUAGGCUUCUCAACCUUCAGUGGUCUUGUCCUGCCUACCUGGUUUCGAUCCAAUCCUGGCAUCAUUGACACAGGAAUAAAAGAACUGGACCAGCUGAUUCUAGUGCUUUUCACCACACAUAUGUUCAUCGGUGGAUUUUUUGGCUUCAUCCUGGAUAACACCAUCCCAGGCACUGACAAAGAGCGAGGUAUCAAGACCUGGCAAAACAACGUGCAAGAUGAAAGCAAAAGCACACAUGACCAGUCGUGCUAUGAUAUCCCCUACUGCAACGAGGUUCUGAAAAGGUUUAGAUGUUUCCAGUAUCUCCCCUUCCUCCCUUCUUAUAAGACCACCCAGUAGGAGGCAGCCAUGUAAUGAUGUGAUAACUCAGAGUGCAACACUGAUGUUAGCCUGUUAGCCCCAUAAAUGAAAACAGAAGUGUGCACUGAAAAAAAAAAUUCUUUCCUCACUCAAUGGCAGAAAAGUGUACAUGACAUAACGUUUUAUUUCUUUAACAUUAUUUUUGUUGAUUUAAAU